AUGUCCCAAGAUAGUAGAAUGAUCAUCUUGCCUGGUUCUCAAGCACUAUCAAACUUCAGGGUUUCAAAUUUGAUUUCCGAAAUUGAUAACUCAUUAAAGUCUUCUGUUGUGAUAGAUGUUAGAUCAUGCCAUAUUCACUACAUUCAUACAAAGUCACUGCUUGACGAGGUGACCCUCAACAAAGUCAAAACUCUAUUGAAAUACGAUAAUGAAUUGGACCUAUCGGACCCAAAGUCAAAACUGUUGAAUGAGCUAGUACAACUAGAUGGUGACCAUCAGGAUUCAGUAGAUAAACUCAAAUCUUUGCAUUCAGAUACUUAUUUAUUUAGAAUCCUCCCUAGACCAGGUACUAUCUCUCCAUGGUCUUCAAAGGCAACCAAUAUUAUGGAAGUUUGUGGUCUAGGUGAUAAGAUUGAAAGAAUCGAAAGAGGUACUGCGGUUCUGAUUGAUGUUAGACCAGGCUUUCCAUUAUUGGAACAGUUGCAUAACGAACAGUAUGCAUCAUUUGCUUCUGUGUAUGAUAGAAUGACCCAAACCUUAUUUAUCAACGAUUCAGUUCCAAAGUACAAUGAUUUGUUUGAAGAACAUGAGCCAAAACCUCUAGUGCAUGUUGAUAUCAUCUCAUCAAAGGAAAACUUGAUCAAGGCAAAUAAAGAAAUGGGUUUAGCAUUGGACGAUGGUGAAAUUUCUUACUUAAUCGAUGCCUUCAAGAAUAACCUCAAUAGAAACCCAACCGACGUUGAGCUAUUUAUGUUUGCUCAAGUCAACUCUGAACAUUGCAGACAUAAGAUUUUCAAUGCUGAUUGGACAAUUGAUAAUGAAAAGAAAGAUAUGUCUCUAUUCCAAAUGAUUAGAAAUACUCAUAAUUUGAACCCUCAAUAUACGGUUUCUGCUUAUAGUGAUAAUGCUGCAGUUUUUGAAGGCUCACCAGCCUACUAUUUUGGUCCUAAUUUGGAGAAGAGAAACACAUGGACCUCAACCAAGGAAACAGUGCAUACUCUAAUCAAAGUUGAGACACAUAACCACCCAACUGCUGUUUCGCCAUUCCCAGGUGCAGCUACCGGUUCUGGUGGUGAAAUUAGAGAUGAAGGUGCAGUUGGUAGAGGUUCUAAGCCAAAAUGUGGAUUGUCAGGUUUUUCUGUUUCGGAUCUAGAAAUUCCGGACCUAAAACAACCAUGGGAAUUAUCGGUAGGAAAACCUAAUCAUAUUGCAUCUCCAUUAGAUAUUAUGAUUGAAGCGCCUUUAGGCUCUGCAGCUUUCAACAACGAGUUCGGUAGACCUUGUAUUACUGGUUACUUUAGAACUCUAACGACAUCUGUUAAGAAUUCAGAAGGCAAGGAUGAAAUUAGGGGUUUCCAUAAGCCAAUCAUGAUUGCCGGUGGUAUGGGAGCAGUCAGGCCUCAAUUAUCUUUGAAGUCGGAUUUCAAAAUCACUCCAGGUUCUGCAAUUAUUGUUUUGGGUGGUCAAUCCAUGCUAAUUGGUUUAGGUGGUGGUGCAGCCUCUUCCGUAGCAUCAGGCGAAGGUUCUGCCGAUUUAGAUUUUGCAUCUGUUCAAAGAGGAAAUCCAGAAAUGCAAAGAAGAGCUCAACAAGUUAUUGAUGCUUGUAAUAGUUUGGGGGUUGAUUCUCCAAUUCAAUGUAUCCAUGAUGUUGGAGCUGGUGGUUUAUCCAAUGCGUUGCCUGAAUUAGUUCAUGACAACGGUUUAGGUGCUAAAUUUGAGUUACGGGAUAUCCUUUCACUAGAACCAGGCAUGUCUCCAAUGGAAUUAUGGUGUAACGAAUCCCAAGAGAGAUAUGUUUUGGGUGUCUCCCAGAGUAAUCUAGAGUUUUUCAAAAAUAUUUGUGAAAGAGAAAGAUGUCCGUUUGCCGUUGUAGGUACUGCAACCAGCGAACAGAGAUUAGUAUUAACAGAUAAACUAUUGAAAACUACCCCAAUAGAUUUGGAAAUGUCUAUCUUAUUCGGUAAACCUCCAAAAAUGUCUAGAAACGACGUGACAAAGAAACUACAAUUAUCACCUGUUGAUACCACCAAUAUCGAAAUUAACGAUGCUUUAUCGAGAGUUUUACAACUACCAUCUGUUGGUUCUAAAUCAUUCCUUAUUACAAUUGCAGAUAGAACAGUUACUGGUUUAAUCGAUAGAGAUCAAUUCGUUGGCCCAUGGCAAGUUCCUGUUGCGGAUGUAGGUGUUACUUGUACUUCUUUGGGUGAAGAGUUGAUCCAAACAGGUGAGGCAUUAGCUAUGGGUGAGAAACCAACAAUCGCAAUCAUCGAUGCAGCAGCAUCUGCUAAAAUGACGAUUGCUGAGUCUUUGUUGAAUUUAGUUGCAGCUGAUAUCAAGAGCUUGGAUAUGGUUAAAAUCUCUGCUAACUGGAUGUCUUCUGCUUCUACACCAGGUGAAGGCUCUGCACUAUAUCAGGCAGUUCAAGCAAUUUCAUUGGAUCUAUGUCCUUCAUUGGGUGUUGCGAUUCCAGUGGGUAAAGAUUCCAUGUCUAUGAAGAUGUCUUGGGAUGAUAAAACUGUUAUGGCUCCAUUAUCGUUGAUCAGCACAUCUUUUUGUGGUGUUAGUGAUACGUCUAAAACAUGGACUCCUCAAUUACAAAACAUCCCUGAAGAGACCGUCUUAGUUCACGUUGACCUUGCUGCAAGUGUUAAAAAAUCAUUGGGUGGUUCUGCGUUAGCACAAGUUUACAACCAAAUUGGUGACACUUGCCCAACUGUUCACGACAACUCCGUUUUGAAAGGUUUCCUAUUGUCAGUUUUACAUUUGCACAAUCAUUUUGAUGUUUUGGCAUAUCAUGAUAUAUCUGAUGGUGGUUUAAUUGUCACUCUAUUGGAAAUGGCAUUUGCUGGUAGGUCUGGUUUAGAUGUUGAAUUGAAAGACAAGACAAGCGAUGUAUUCACCGCAUUGUUCAACGAAGAGUUAGGCGCUGUUUUUCAAAUUAAGAGAGCCGAAGUUGACGCAUUUACUGCUGUUUUUGAAAAUAAUGGUGUUAAGAGUGAUUUUAUUUCUGUUAUUGGUACCCCUGUAUUUGAUGACAAACAAACCAUUACUGUUGUUUUCAAUGGAGACAGAGUUCUAUCUGAUAGUAGAGCUAGACUACAAGAACAAUGGAGUUUGACCUCUUAUCAUCUACAAAGGUUAAGAGAUAAUCCACAAUCAGCGGACGAAGAAUUCGGUGCAAUUUCCGAUAACAAGGACCCUGGUUUGACGUAUUCCUUGACAUUCGAGCCUAAGAACGAUUUAGGUAUCAGCUUAUUAAACACAAGACCAAAGGUUGCUAUCUUAAGAGAGCAAGGUGUUAAUGGUCAACAGGAAAUGGCGUGGUGUUUCGAACAAGCAGGUUUUGAAUCAGUUGAUGUUCAUAUGACUGAUAUUAUUUCUGGAAAAGUGACUUUGGAUAACUAUGUCGGUUUAGCUGCAUGCGGUGGUUUCUCUUAUGGUGAUGUUUUGGGUGCAGGUAACGGAUGGGCUACAUCUGUUUUAUACAAUGAAAAGGCAAGAAAUGAGUUUUCUAAUUUUUUCAACGCAAGAACAGACACUUUUGCCUUUGGUGCUUGUAAUGGUUGUCAAUUCUUAUCAAAGAUUAAGUCUUUGAUUGAUGGUGCCGAGUUAUGGCCAAGUUUCGAAAGAAACAAGUCUGAGCAAUACGAAGCCAGAGUUUGUACCUUAGAAAUCGCACAGGAGUCCAACGAAAAUCCAUGUAUUUUCUUCGAUGGCAUGAAUGGCUCUAGAAUCCCAAUUGCUGUUGCACAUGGAGAAGGUAGGGCACAGUGGGAUACCCAAGAAAAGUUGGAGCAAUUUGUCAAGAGAGGAUUGGUUGGUGCACGCUAUGUUGAUAAUUAUGGUGUUCCAACCGAAAAGUAUCCACUCAACCCUAACGGUUCACCAAAUGGUAUUACUGCUAUCAGAAGUGAAAACGGUAGAGUUUUGGCUAUGAUGCCUCAUCCAGAAAGAGUCUGUAGACUAGAAUCCAAUUCUUAUUAUCCACCCGAGGAAAAGAAGGAAUGGGCAGGAUACGGUCCAUGGAUCAGACUUUUCAGAAAUGCUAGGAAAUGGGUUGCAACUAAUGAAUCCAACUAA